AGGAUUUCCAUUUUCGGCUCCACCAUCCUCCGCAGCAACAUGCCGGUCUCCGAGCCCGAGAGCGUCCUGUACGAGCUGGCGGCGGCGCUGCGCAAGGGCGUCGCCAUCCGCACGCGCCGCCAAGGCCUGCGCUCGCACAAACACACCUUUCUUGGCUGCGACGCCGUGACGUGGCUUGUCGAGAACGCGGCUUGUAGUGGCCGCGACGACGCCGUCGAGCUCGGGCGCAACUUGCACCACGCCGGGCUCUUUCGGCCCAUCGUGGGCACGGACCCGUUCCAAGACGACAAGAACGCGCUCUACCGCUUCGCCGAAGACGACGUUGGCGACGACGAGUUGAGCGGCAGCAAGUCGGUGAGCGUCAAGCCGUCAGACGGCGUCAAGCCGCUCGUCGAGCGCCUCACGGGCCGCCGCACGUCCGUGCCAACAAAGGGCAUCCGGUCGCUUUUGCUCAAGAAGAAGGGCUUCUGCCCCAUCGAGUCGCUCCUGACGGUCGCGCCGAGUACGACCUUUGGCUUUGAAGACGGGUGUCCGUUCUUCUUCCCCGCGCACACGGUGCACAACUCGAUAGCGCUCACGUUGCCAGUCGUCGAGACGAUGAAGAAAGCAUUUGCAUCCAACGACAUGCGCGCGCGUGAGAACGCCGUCUACGGGCUCCGCAAAGAGGUUCUCAAAGCCGCCGACUCGAGCGAUAAGAACUGGAUGUACAUCAAGAACGUCCAGGGCCACCACGGCAACGACGUUCGCGUCUUUUAUCGUGAUGCGGUCGGCGGCUUCCAUACCUUCUUGACGGUCGGCGCGAUCCACGUCCCUCCGGCCACGUUUGUCGAGCAUUUUCUGGACCACAAGGAGCGCGUCAAGAUGGAGGCGUUCUACGAGGCCGGGCAGACGGUCGAGGACCUCCUCAUGGCCCACACGCGCGAGAUGGAGGUCAAGCACCACAUCCAUCAGCCGUUUUGGGACGCCAAGGCGCCAUGGACACCCGACCAGAGCAUGCAUUCGAUCUCGGGCGACAUUGCCGACGUGACAGCGCACCACAUGAAGCCCGCGGCAAAGUACCCGCUAAUUGCGCCCGGCACGGUCCUCGAGGAACCCACGCCGCAGCAGCUCAUUGGCGGCGGCACGCAGCGCAUUCUGUACCGCACCAUGAGCAGCGUCUCGCGCGUCGUGAGCAAGCGCGACUUUGUGACGUUCCAAGACUCGUUCUCGAUGGCCAACGGCGGCCACGUGGUCUACGAGAUCUCGGUCCAGCACCGUGACAUUCCGGCGUCGCUGCCCAACUAUACCCGCGGCGAAGUGCUCUGCCUCGCGCACAUUGCCGAGCCGAUUCCGGACAACCCGACCGCGUGCAUGCUCACGGUCGUGACCCAAGUCGGCUUCAAGGGCAAGAUGCCCGAGUUUGUCGCCAAGAUGAUUUUCGACAAGCUCAUCACGCGCAGCUUCGAGUCGCAGAUGUGCGACCGGGUCACCGACACCACUGAGAUCAUGGCGGGUGCGUUCGCCGGCGUGCCGUACCUUUCGGACGACAGCCACACCGACGACUUUGAGAGCCGUGCGACGCUCCUUGACUUUGAAAUUCUCGCCGUGCUCGGCCGAGGCGGGUUUGGCAAGGUGCUGCAAGUCCGGCACCGCAAAACGCAAAAAGUCCAUGCGAUGAAGGUCCUCAAGAAGGAGAACAUCGUCCACGACAUUCAAGUCGAGCGCACGCGCACGGAGCGCAGCAUCCUCGCGGCCGUCGAGCAUCCGUUCAUCGUCGGUCUCUCGUACGCCUUCCAGACGUCCAAGAAGCUCUUUAUGGUCAUGGACUUUGUCCAAGGCGGCGACAUGUACGCGCAUCUGCGCAAGUUUGGCGCCAUGUCGGAGGCCCGCGCGCGCCUCUACAUUGCCGAGAUUGCGCUGGCGAUUUCGCAUUUGCAUGCACUGGACAUUGUGUACCGCGACCUCAAGCCCGAAAACAUCUUGCUGGACGCGGACGGGCACAUCAAGAUCACGGACUUUGGUCUGUCGCAUUUUCUGGACCCGCCCGAGUACGACGAGGAGCGCGACGAGCAGUCUCUGCACCAAUGCGACCGCAACAACUCGCUCUGCCAAGUGACGCACUCGUUCUGCGGCACCGAGUCGUACAUGGCGCCGGAGAUGCUCCUGCACUUGGGCCAUGGCAAGCCCAUUGACUGGUGGUGCCUCGGCGUCGUCGCCUGCGAGAUGAUGACGGGCGUCCAUCCGUUCCAAGCCGAGUCGCAGAUGCGACAGCUCUUCAACGUCGUCAACGCAGACCCGGUGCUUCCGAGCACCUUGUCACCAGAAGCGACAUCGCUCAUCUUUGGCUUGCUGGUCAAGCAGCCCAAGUACCGACUCGGUGCCUACGGCGGGAAAUUCGAGAGCAUCAAGUCGCACCCGUUCUUUGCCGGUCUCGACUGGGACAAGGUGGCGGCCAAGGAGUAUACGAUGGAGUACAUGCCGCACAUUGCCAGCGACGACGACGUGAGCAACUUUAUGGACCAAUUCACGCAGGAGACCGUGACUGACAGCACGGCGACGACCUCGUACAACUCUUCGAGCCAGCACAGCAGCAAUGCGUCGUCGUGGCACCCGCAGUCAUCGACCGAAAAGUCGGGCAGCAACUUUUCGGGCUUUUCGUUUGUGGGCGCAGCGGCCUUUAACGAGUCGGGCUUCUAAUAUCGCUGCCUACGUGCUC